ACUAAGGAAUCCCUCGGGACACCAUACUUACGACACGUGGUGUCUUUACAGCCCUUAGAUUUUACUUAAAUAUUCCCCCAGCUUGCUUUAUUACCCAACCACUUUCUCAUUUGCAUCACCAAUAGCUGAGCAGAUCAAAGUAUCAUACAAGCUGAUCAACAACCAGAAAAAAUAUGGCUGCCAAUAAGGCUGAGAUGGAGAAAAGUGAGAGUAAUUUGAAACAUCUAGGGUUUGUAAGGUUGUUUGCUAUAAACACUGCGGUUUUGGUGUCAAAUCUGUAUGAUUAUGCGAAGCAGAACUCGGGGCCUCUGAGAUCAACAGUUGGUACGGUAGAAAAGGCGGUAACCACCGUCGUAAGGCCUGUUUACGAGAGAUUUAAAGGUGUUCCUGAUGAAGUCCUUGUUUUCCUAGACAAAAAGGUGGAUGAUGGAACAGCAAAAUUUGAUGAACAUGCUCCUCCCUUGGCCAAGAAGGUUGUCAGCAAAGUCCAGUCUCUGUUUCAGAAGGCAUCGGAGGUAGCACAAGACUUGUCGAAGGACAUACAGGUUGCUGGGCCUCGUGCUGCUGUCUAUCAUGCUGGUGAAUUGUCCAAGCAAUUUGCUACUAGUCAAGUGGCAGUGCUCUGGUAUCAUGUCAAUCAGUGCCCACCAUUGCAUGGAAUUGCACAGAUGGCUGCUCCUACAGCUGCUCACUGGUCUGACAAGUACAAUCAAUUAGUAGCUGACUGGAAAGAGAAGGGUUAUAGUAUCAUCAGCUAUAUCCCUUUGAUACCUGUUGAAGAAAUUUCUCUGUCAUAUAAACAUGUCGAGUCUGCUGCAACGAAGAAAGAAGGCGCUACUAAUUUGAGCUCAAGUAAAUCUGAAUGAGAUUGACAAUCUCAGCAUUUAUGUUAAACCCGAUGUUUCUGUUGUGCUUGGAAGACUUAAGUUUGGGUGGGACUAGAAAGUUUGGGGGGUACCCAUUGUAUAAAGCAAGCUAGUGUAUUCCCUUCCUUAGCACAUAUGAUAUGUGAAUGAUUUUGUGCUUUGGAUUCUUCUUGAUCGUUUCCUUGAUGUUGCAAUGGCGUGUCUAUGCAUAAUGAAGGCUUAAUUUCUUCUAGUUUA